CAGAAACAAUAUUGUUUCACGAGGUAACAGGUACUUGAUUUUGGUUCAUAAGGAUGGUUUUUGAUUCGUUGCAUCAUUCAUGUCUCUUUCCAACUAAAAUUCACUAUUUUUAUCACGUGUUUCCCAAAAAAAAAAAACUAUACAACAAUAAGCUAUACACCCCCUGAUAACGUCGUAUUUGCACAUGUUUGCACCCUCGAUUCUUGAUCAUUUUGGCUUGAGUUUUUGCUUUCUUGGACUAUUUUAUGCUAGUUUGUGUUCCUUUGUCACAUUUCAGGUCCUAUCAUGUAAAUUGAAGCAAAGGCGCAAGUUUCAAGUCAAUCGGAGAUCAUUUUGCAAUUCGGGAGAAGAAACACGAGCAUGACCAGAGGAAUAAUGGAUUUCUACCUCAUAUUAUGGACAAAUUAUCAUGGAAGUUUGUUAUGAAAAGAAAGAGGACUAGACUACGAGCGUUUGGGUUCAAACGGCGACUGAUUUGGAGUCCGGACGAGGGAGAAACGAAGCUUUGAACAUGAGCGGAGGAAGAAUUACGGGCAGGAGAACUACGACCGUAAUUUGGCCUCCCAUGCCCGUAUUUUCAUUGCCGAGAGGAGCUUUGGGUGCACUGAAACUUAACCAAAACGCGUGUUUUGGGCAAAAUACGGGCAUGGAAGAAUUACGACCGUAAUUCAGCCCGUAAUUCGCCCAGAAUCGGGUUUUUGAGGCAGAUUCGAGCCAAAGGAAAGGGAGAGCUGGGUUUUGGAUCCCAAACACCCAAGGGACGAACCCUAGAGAGAGAGAGCGACUUGGGAACAUUCUUGGAGCUAUUUUGGAGGAUUUCUUCGCCAUUAGAGCUCGGGAAUCAAGCUUGGAGAUGGAGAUUGAAGAUCUAGAUCAGAUUUCUGCAGUCUCUCUCUUCUCUAUGGAGUAACUUCCCUUCACUUAGGUUUUGAGGAGCCCUAGUUCCAUGAGUUAGGAUCUUUCUUGUAUGAAGUUUUGGAUGCUAUAUUGUUUGAUUAUAAUCGAAUGAUGCAUGUUUAUUGAGUCAAUUGAAGUCUGAUCAACUUUUCCUGAUUUCUGCUGCAACCUGAGAUAGAUAGAAUCUGAUUAGGUUGUUAGAGCCUCAUCAUUCGAUAGUAGGAGAUUGGCUAUACGAGAGUUAGUCAGUUUACUGCUUUGUACUGGAAUCCAAUUCCAGUAGUGGAGUUCUGUGCUUAUUGCUUCAGCUUUCUAUCCCGGUGAAGACUAGUCGUCUGCCGGAUAGUUAGACUGAGAGAGCUUGGUCAGCUUAAGAGAUUCCAAACUACUGUCGGAUCUUCCGCAGUUUAAUCAACAGUAAAACAACCAAAAGGAAUUACAACUUGGACCUAAUUGAGGAGCUAGGGGGAAUCAUACCUAAGUGAGUUCCCAACUUGUAAUUAGUAGAGUAGUCAGUAGAGUAGUUUAUAAAUCCAUCCUUAAUCUAGUUUGCUAGAUAAUGAACUGAAGCUGAGUAAUAGUAACUCUAGAGACUAGUGGAUUCGAUAUUUAUUACUUGUGCCACUAUACUGCAGUCCCUUUCAUUGGUUACACUUGGCCAUUGUUAGGUGUUGUGUUUUAGCGUGUUAAGUUUUUGGCGCCGUUGCCGGGGAAUUUCUAGAUUAUUAGGAAAGACAGAAGUUUGUUACUUUAGCGUUUUUCUUUUGUUUUCCGCCCUUGCUUUUCACUUGGGUGUUUUUUUUUUGUUUUGUUGGUGCAGAUCUGAAUCAUGGAUCCUAAUGGCUUCUCCAACCAUUGGGGGUAUCCACCACCAUCCGAGUGGUAUUACCCCGAGACUCCCUGGAGCAAUCAAGGAGGAGAAGACUAUGGAUUCGGUUUCCAGUACCAACCCCCUUACUACGGAGAACAAUCAGACCCCUGGGCAUAUCAAGAACAACCUCAUUACCAAGAAGACUUUCUCCCACAACCAGAAGGGCCAUCGGAGCUGGAGUUACCCAUGGCGGCCUUCACGGGCCACCUGCAGAGCCAUGCUACACUUCACUGGAAGAUCCGAACAAACAAUUAAGCCUUCUCGUGGAGCAGUUUGCUCGAGACACUGAGAGAUCAUGCUCCAAGAUGGAUCUUCAAAUCAAAGCCCUUGCCUCUUCCGAUCCCUCAUUUCUCCAUGAUAUGGAGGAGACUGUUCAGCACUCACCGAAGCAAAUAGAGUGGGUGGAGCAAGUUUGCUCACAUCUUGCUCAAGAUCACCUUUCUGCUACUACGCUAGAAGAGGUGGAGGAGGACAAAGGCUACGGGAGUGUUGAGGAGCAUACAGAAGUUAUCACAGAGAACUCCCAUGAUGAUCAUGAUCAGGAAAGUCCUUUGGUUGCAGAUCACAUCUUUCCACAUUUAUGCUCUAACAUGCUGGGCCCGUGCGAGGAGAUGCAAGAUGAUCCCAUUGAAGAAAUUGCUUGGCGACUUGCUCUCCAAUCUGUUCUAGAAGAAGAAGAGCGAGCAAGGAUGAGGAAGGAAGUUGUGGAGGAUGAGGAAGAAAGAAAAGAAGAGGUGGUUCUUGAUCUUUUCCCAGGGGAGAGACCACAUUUUGAAGAAGGAAGGGGGGUUGAGGAAGCAAUUGGCGUCCAGGCUGAGGAUGAAGUUGAGGCGGAAGAGGCAUGCACCGGCCAUGAGUUACAAGUAAUAUCCCCACCAAACUUUGAGGAACUGCUUAGCAAGGACCCAUUUGCAGUGUCUCUUUGCCAGACCAAGGCCACAUCAACAUCGGUCCCUCUUGGUGGACGCGAUGGUGGUCAGUCAAUGCUGUCAUAUCUGGUUUGGGGCAAUGAGACGAGUGAGGAAGAAAAGAAGAGGUCUCAUGGAUGGAGACUUCAUCCGCAUCCAGUGCACGAGCUCCCCUCACCUGUCAUAUCACAUGCUCGUGACUUGAGACUCCACCUCAUCGACGAGAACCUCAACUUCAAGGAGGUUCUAGCAUAGACCGAAACUUAGGAGCCAUCGUCUGGCUCACGACGUGAAAGAAGCGCUUGUUGGGAGGCAACCCAACCAGUCGGUUUGCAUUUCUUUCUCUAUUUCUCCUCGGUUGAGUCAGUUUUUUUAUUUGAUUUUAGAGUCAAUAACUCAACCUUUGUGAGAUUUUGUGUGGUGUUUGCGUUCUGAUUACUCUCUCUUCCUGGAAUGCACCGCCUGACCCGUCCAUCAUCAUUCACCCUUGAUCUGGUAACUUCGUUCUACCCUCCUUAUCUUUCCUCCAUUGAGGACAAUGUCGUGCUUAAGUGUGGGGGGGUGUUCAAUUAUGUAUGCGUGUGAAUGUUUGGCUGUAUGUGUGUGCUUGGAGCCUAGUCCGCUGUCCAAAUCUCGAGAUUUGAGGGCUCCAAGUACUGUUGUUUGCUUGUUCGUAUUGGCACUGUGUAUUUGAUUGGUGAAUCGAAUGUGCUUUGGAAUUAAUGCAUGACAACCUGAUUAUAACUAGGACAACCUAUAAUGAUGACUAAGACAUGCAGUAGAGUUGUGUAGGGGUUCAGUUUUUCAACUGUUUGCUUACCAACUGUGACUUGGAUUGAUCACUUUUUCUUGACAGUCGUUUUUGCAUCUAGUUCAGGGAAUCAGAAUGUGAGAUAGAGCAUAUAGGUAGCCAUGUGAGAUUUGAGCCUGCUCGUUUCUUUCUUGUGCGAUAGAUCCCUCUUCCAUGAUGUGUAGCAUUCACGUUGUCACUAGCUAAGAUGAUGGGGGCAUAGGAUUAGCCCACGACCAAAUUGACUGUCCUGAUGUGUCAUAUCCCCUAGUCAGCCCCUUUGAGCCGUGUGUUAUCCUUUCUUUUGGUCUACAAUGAAAAAUCACCCUUUUGCAUCUUUUAGAAGGUUCCACGGAGUGGUUUUUACAUGUUCUCUACUGUUUCUGCUAAAUUUAAUGUGAGUGUUGGAGGUAGUGCUUAAAAGUUGGGCAUGUGUUUGAAAUAUGUGCAGAAGUGGUGGCUCUCUUAAGAAAUGAAAAGAAAAUGAAAGAAAAAACAAAGAAAAAUUGAAAGCAAAAGAGAGCCACUACCAAAAAUCUGAAUAAUGCCCAUUAAGUAGUGUUUCUUAGCAGUCUGGCUUGGAAAUGCUGACAUUUAUACCUCCUUCGCUCUUGUGCUCUUGAGAUAUUGAGUAAUGUAGAAUAGCAGAAAGGAAAUACUGGUUUGUUUGAUUGUGAUUGUGUGGGUUUGGAAAUGUGGAACCUUGUGCUAUGAAUACUUCCACCACCUAAAAGGCCUUUUCCCCAUGUCCAAGACCCUAGCCAGUCAUCUGAACCUGUGUCUAAGAACUCUGGAUUAGUUAGUGGUGACACCCCAUAUGUGAACUCUAACAUUUAGAGGCUGCCUUCAUGGUGAAGAGACGUUAGGGAUUGAGGAGAAUAAGCAUGCGCAUUUUUCGCAUCAAAUUGUCCUGACCCCACUGGUCGAGAGUGAGCGAUUCAUUUUCUCAUAUUAUCUAUGAUCUUUACCCCGGUGAGGACCUAGAUUGCUCGGUCUCAAUUCUGAUAUCUUGAGUUUUGUGCAUGAGGUGACUGUCUUGAGUAAGUGGUUGAGUCAAGUCUAUGUUGGUUGAUAAACAGAAGGGAGACUCCUCCUUUACUCGAUUUUGCUGCACUCGAAUGUUGUCUGUGGUGGUUGUCCAGGUUGCGGUUGAAGCUGUUCAUGUGUUGAUGUCUAAAAGCAGUAUGAUUCCCGUGUUUUGUGCCGAUAUGAUAUGUCCCCAAGAGUUUCAUGAUUGAAAUGUGUUGAGCUUUCCUUGUAUCUGACUUCGUUUGCUUGGGGACAAGCAAACGGUUAAGUGUGGGGGAAUUUAAUAACGUCGUAUUUGCACAUGUUUGCACCCUCGUUUCUUGAUCAUUUUGGCUUGAGUUUUUGCUUUCUUGGACUAUUUUAUGCUAGUUUGUGUUCCUUUGUCACAUUUCAGGUCCUAUUAUGUAAAUUGAAGCAAAGGCGCAAGUUUCAAGUCAAUCGGAGAUCAUUUGCAAUUCGGGAGAAGAAACACGAGCAUGACCUGAGGAAUAAUGGAUUUCUACCUCAUAUUAUGGACAAAUUAUCAUGGAAGUUUGUUAUGAAAAGAAAGAGGAUGAGACUACGAGCGUCUGGGUUCAAACGGCGACUGAUUUGGAGUCCGGACGAGGGAGAAACGAAGCUUUGAACAGGAGCGGAGGAAGAAUUACGGGCAGGAGAAUUACGACCGUAAUUUGGCCUCCCAUGCCCGUAUUUUCACUGUCGAGAGGAGCUUUGGGUGCACUGAAACUUAACCAAAAUGCGUGUUUUGGGCAAAAUACGGGCAUGGAAGAAUUACGACCGUAAUUCAGCCCGUAAUUCGCCCAGAAUCGGGUUUUUGACGCAGAUUCGAGCCAAAGGAAAGGGAGAGCUGGGUUUUGGAUCCCAAACACCCAAGGGACGAACCCUAGAGAGAGAGAGAGAGCGACUUGGGAACAUUCUUGGAGCUAUUUUGGAGGAUUUCUUUGCCAUUGGAGCUCGGGAAUCAAGCUUGGAGAUGGAGAUUGAAGAUCUAGAUCAGAUUUCUGCAGUCUCUCUCUUCUCUAUGGAGUAACUUCCCUUCACUUAGGUUUUGAGGAGCCCUAGUUCCAUGAGUUAGGAUCUUUCUUGUAUGAAGUUUUGGAUGCUAUAUUGUUUGAUUAUAAUCGAAUGAUGCAUGUUUAUUGAGUCAAUUGAAGUCUGAUCAACUUUUCCUGAUUUCUGCUGCAACCUAAGAUAGAUAGAAUCUGAUUAGGUUGUUAGAGCCUCAUCAUUCGGUAGUAGGAGAUUGGCUAUACGAGAGUUAGUCAGUUUACUGCUUUGUACUGGAAUCCAAUUCCAGUAGUGGAGUUCUGUGCUUAUUGCUUCAGCUUUCUAUCCCGGUAAAGACUAGUCGUCUGCCGGAUAGUUAGACUGAGAGGGCUUGGUCAGCUUAAGAGAUUCCAAGCUACUAUCGGAUCUUCCGCAGUUUAAUCAACAGUAAAACAACCAAAAGGAAUUACAACUUGGACCUAAUUGAGGAGCUAGGGGGAAUCAUACCUAAGUGAGUUCCCAACUUGUAAUUAGUAGAGUAGUCAGUGGAGUAGUUUAUAAAUCCAUCCUUAAUCUAGUUUGCUAGAUAAUGAACUGAAGCUGAGUAA